AUGUGCUGCGAAUUAUGUAUAAACGGCAGAUUUGUCAUGAUUCUGCUUAUUCUAUCUUUCUCUCUCUCUCAUAACUUACUGUCUUUCUCUUUCAAACAAGCUUUCUCAGUCUUUCUCUCUCUCUGCUUUUUAAUGGCCUCUCUCAUAGAUUACUUUCUUACUUUGUCUUUUAAUCACUCGUUGCUUUCUGUCUCGCUCUCUCAUAGCUUAUAUUGUAUUUCUUUUCCCUCUCUCACUGCUUUCUCACCACCUUUCUCUUUGAUCUACCAUACUAACUCUCUCACUCGUUGCUUUCUCUUUCUCAUUAUCUCUCUCUGUUUUCUCCCUGUUUUUCUUGUCUCUUUCUCACUGCUUUCUCAGGAUCUCUCUCUUCCACGUUCUCAAUAUCUUUCACUUCUUCUUUCCCCAUUAUUGUUCUCACUCUCUAUAUCCAACUACAAUCUUUAUCACACCCUCUCUUCGACUUUCUUACAAUCUCUUUCUAAAUAUAACUAUCAGUAUCUCUCUUUCUCACUGCUUUCUCUUUAUAUUACCACUCUCUCUCUCUCCCAUUGCUUUCUCUUUAUCUUUCUCGCUAUUUCUCACUCUCCCUUUAUCACUAUAUUCUCUUUCUCAUCUUUCCUCUUUCUCUUUCCUUUCAAUCUCUCUUUAUUUUCAUUCCUUUUCUCUCCAGAUCUUCUCCAUUUUUUUCUAUUCCCAUCUUUCCUCUCUCUCUCUCUUUCUCACUCUUUUCUUUCCAACUCACUCUUUCCAACUCUCUCCCAAUCCUCUCUUUUCAACUCUUUUAAUUCUCUUCCAACUUCUUUUCCAAUUUUUCCAGUUCUCUCUUCCCACCCACUUUUCCAAUUCUUUCUUUCCAGUUCUCUUCCCAACUCUUUCCAAUUCUUUCUUUCCAGUUUCUUCCCAACCUCACUUCCCACUCCUUUCCUUUCCCAAUUCUUUCCUUUUUUUUCUUCCUCUUCUUCCCACCUCACUCUUUCCAAUUCUUUCUUUCAGUUCUCUCUUUCCUUUUUCCAAUUCUUUCUUUCCAGUUCUCUCUUCCCACCUUCUUUCCAAGUUCUCUCUUUCCAAUUCUUUUCUUUCCAGUUCUCUCUUUCCCACCUCAGUUCUCUCUUUUCUUUCCAAUUCUUUCUUUCCAGUUCUCUCUUCCCACCUCACUCUUUCCAAUUCUUUCUUUCCAGUUCUCUCUUCCCACCUCACUCUUUCCAAUUCUUUCUUUCCAGUUCUCUCUUCCCACCUCACUCUUUCCAAUUCUUUCUUUCCUCUUUCCCUUUCCAGUUUCUCUCUCCCCCUCCUCUUUCCAAUUCUUUCUUUCCCCUUUUCACUCUUUUUCCAACCUUUCAGUUUCCAAGUUCCCUUCCCACCUCACUCUUUCCAAUCCCUCUUUCCCACCAAUUCUUUCCAAUUCUUUCUUUCCAACCUCCUCCUCUCUUUCCAAUCCAAUUCUUUCUUUUCCCUCUUCCCCACCUUUCUUUCCACCUCUUCUUCUUUCCCCUCUCUUUCCCACCUCACUCUUUCCAAUUCUUUCUUUCCAGUUCUCUCUUCCCACCUCACUCUUUCCAAUUCUUUUUUUCCAGUUCUCUCUUCCCCACCUCACUCUUUCCUCUCUUUCCAAUCUCUCUUCCCACCUCCUCUUUCCAAUUCUUUCUUUUUCCUUCCCACCUCUCUUUUCCAAUUCUUUCCAGUUCUCUCUUCCCACCUCACUCUUUCCAAUUCUUUCUUUCCUCUCUCUUGAUUACUUUCCAGUUCUCGCUUAUUUAUAUUUCUUUUCCAAUUCUUUCUUUCAGUUCUUUGAACUUUCCAAUUCUUUCUUUCCAGUUCUCUCUUCCCCCUCACUCUUUCCAAUUCUUUCUUUCCAGUUCUCUCUUCCCACCUCCUCUUUUUCUUCCAGUUCUUCUUCCCCACCUCUUUUCCAGUUCUCUUUCCUCUCUUCCCAACCUUCUCUUUUCCAAUUCUUUCUUUCCAGUUCUCUUCCCACCUCACUCUUUUCCAAUUCUUUUUCUUUCCAGUUUCUUUUCCCACCUCACUUUUUAUUUCCAAAAAGUUCUCUCUUAUUUUCAAGUUCUUUCUUUCCAAUCACUCUUUCCAAUUCUUUCUUUCCAGAUUUUCCAAAAUAUUUUUUCCAGUUCUCUUCCCAUAUUAUUUCCAAAUAUUCUUUUUUUCCAGUCCCCCAACUCUUUUAUUUUUUCUUUCCAACCUCCUUCUUACAUAUUUUCCAAAGUUCUCUUCCCACCUCCUCUUUUUCCAAUUCUUUUCUUUCCAUUCUCUCUUCCCACCUCACUCUUUCCAUUCUUUCUUUCCACUUCAACUCUUUCGGUCUUUCUUUCCAGUUCUCUCUUAGUUCUUUCUUUCCAGUUCUCUUCCCACUCUUUCCAAUUCUUUUCUUUCCAGACCUCACUCUUUCCAAUUCUUUCUUUCCAGUCAAUUCUUUUACCAGUUCUCUUUUUGUCAAUCUUCUUUCCAGUUCUUUCCAAUCCCCUCUCUUCCAAUCCCCUUUCCCCUCUCUUCCAAUCCCCUUUCCAACCCUCUCUUUCCAACUUUGAAUUCUCUUUUCCAAUUCUUUUUUCAAUUCUCUCUUUAAUUUCCACCUCUCUUUUAAAACCUCUUUCUUUCCCCUCUCUCUUCCAAUCCCUCUUUCCACCUCUCUUUUCACCUCUCUUUCCAAUUCUUUUAAAACCUCACUCUUUCCAAUGUGAUUAG